AUGACUGAACUUUUCCAAAAUGAUGAAUAUGAGCGCCGUUUUGCAGGCGUAGCCAAAAUUUAUGGAGAAGAGACAUUCAAUCACUAUGAAAAAAGUCAUGUCAUGGUGAUCGGUAUUGGUGGGGUUGGCUCAUGGGCGGUUGAGGCCUUAGCACGUACAGGGAUUGGCGAGUUAACACUGGUCGAUAUGGAUUCAGUGGCUGCUUCAAAUAUCAACCGACAGCUGCCUGCAAUGACCUCUACUUUAGGCCAUGAGAAAAUUGAAGUCAUGGCGGAACGUUGCCGUUCAAUUAAUCCUCGGAUCAAGAUCAAUUUGAUUGAUGAUUAUCUCAGCCCAGAUAAUGUAAAAGAAAUUCUAGAAAAUGUUCCCGAUAUUAUUUUAGAUUGCAUCGAUGACGUUAAAGCAAAAUUUGCACUUAUGCUACAUUGUCGUUUUAAUAAAAUUCCUUUGAUUGUUUCGGGUGGGGCAGGUGGUAAGCUUGAUCCUCUAAAAAUUCGUGUUGCUGAUUUAUCUAAAACAGAACAAGAUCCGAUGCUUGCAAAAUUGCGGAGCCAGUUGCGCGCCAAAGGCAUUUGUAAGAAACCAAAAGAAAAAUUUGGCAUUACUUGUGUGUAUUCAAUUGAUAAUCCUUUUUCCAGUGCUGAUGUGUGUGCGAGUGCAGGCUUGCGUUGUGGUGGAUAUGGUUCGGCUGUGGUGGUGACUUCUAGUUUUGCGAUGGUCGCCGUUGCAGAAGUGUUGAAAAAUUAUUUGGAAAGCAAGAACAACAAAUACAAAUCAAUCGAAACCGCUAUGCUGAAUUUUGGCAAUGGUUUGAGCAGCAUCAGCAGGAUUUCCAUCAGGAAUUGGUGGCAGCAGCCCCUGAAAUUCCUGGCUGGAAAUUUACCGCACUUAAACCCGCAAGUGAUAUUGAGCAAACCAGUAUUGACCAUGAAGAAUAUCCAGAUGAAACUGAUCUUGUGGUUGUGCAUGAUCAAUAUAAUGAAGCUCAAAAAGCUGAAUUCUUACAAGCAUGAAAUUUCUCGCUUAGACAAAAUAACCCGUUCAAGUACUGAUGAAGAUGAAUAUAUCAGUUUGGAGGGGGAGACCAAUGAAGGGCUACCUUUGGUGGCGAUCUUAAACAGUACUCUUUUAACAUGGGAUCAAAAGGCUUCUCAUCCGUGGAUGCUGCUGGUAGAAAUACCUUAUGCUGGUCAGAACUCAAGUGGUAUGCCGUCUGCAACAGAUUAUGAGUUGCUUAAUGAGAUUGAAGAAGAAUUAUUAAAUGAGCUAAAGGAUUUUGAAGGAUAUUUAAAUAUUGGACGAGAAACCGGUAAUAACUUAAGAACCAUUUUGGUCGUUAACUAUGCUGAAAAGUCGCUUGAAAUGCGCUAUAGCAUUCAGACCAUAGACAUGGACAGCUUAGAGAAUGAAGCGGCUUUUUAA